ACAGCCUCUGCACGGACGAAGGCGCGGGCGUCCCCGUCUCCACAUGACAUCAUGCACUCUGGUGAGGGCACAAGCACCCGCAGCUCUGCGCGUCGCGCCCUCGGUCCUCCUGCUUCACUCCAGACACGAUGAUGUCCUUUGCCGACUACGCCUUCGACCCGGCACAACUCCCCGUCGCCAGCGACGACGACCACGAUCCUGGGCCCUCCAACUUCAGCGGCAUAAAGCGCGGCUCCAGAGCAUGUGACAGAUGCCGCAAGCUCAAGAGCAAGUGUGAGCCAACUGAAGGCGACAAGUGCAAGAACUGCGUCACUGCAGGCACACCGUGUACUUACCAGGGCCCUAGCUUCAAGCGCGGGCCACCCAAGGGCUACAUUCACGCCAUCGAACAGCGCUGGCACCAAGUCGAAUGUAUCCUCGGCAGUAUCAUGGCCGCUCCCCAGGCGGAGGGUAUCAUGUCAGAAUUGCUGGGCGACCCCAUGGCGCGCACCAUCCUCGAUCGCGUAGAGGCGGGUCCCUACGGUCCUCGCAAUCGCGGACAUCAAACCGCAACCAAUACCGAAAACUUUUAUGCCACCAUCAUGGGUACGCAGGAGCCUUCUGCACGCGAGGACCGUCGCGUACGCAGGCAAUCGCGAAUGACGCGUGAAAUCGUCUCUAUUGAAGAUUCGAACAUUCUUGCAACACCCACCCCCGAAUGGCAGGAAGGGCUCAUUCGCCGCCUCACGGGCGGUACCCUACAGCCCUACACAUCACAGUCCCCAGCAUCCGUGGCUGCGAGCAAGAGCCCCAUCUCCGAUUCGUCAUCCUCUCUUCAUGGUCAGGACGAGCCGAGGACGAGGCGGCGACUGGAAGGAUCAUAUGUUCCGGAACACACGCUGUCGCAACAACAGACGGCCGAUCCGUAUUCUAGCUCGAGCACAUCGUUCUCAAACUGGGACGAGGUCGAUGAUGCUGUCGAUUCUUUUGGUCACCUAGCUCUUGACGAACAGAAGGAGAUCCGUUACCACGGACAUGCGUCUGGUCUUCCUUUGCUCGCUCGCAGUGAUCACCCGAGAGGCGCCAACAAAGCUGAUGGAUUCUGGAAAUUCCCGUCCGUCAAACAGGAAGAGGUCCCGGACAGGCUAGACGGCUACAGGGAAGCCAAUAAUCACGUCCAACUCCCACCUCUGGAAGUGCAGCGGCACCUUGUCGACCUGUACUUCGCAUGGGUGCAUCCCUUCCUCCCUGUGGUUCACAAGCAGCAGUUUUUGUCCGAUUUUCCCUUACGAGAUGGCGAGUCUCCGGAUACCGACCCGGCUCACAACUCUACGCAGAAAAUCAACAAACUAUUGCUGCUAGCGAUGUUCGCGACCGCCGCGAGGUACGGUACAGAGGCUCUCUGGCACUCGAUGGGCGAGAACCAAUCGAGUGCCGGUGCGAAGUGGGCUUCAGGUGCUAGGGAAAUCAUCAAUAAUGUGUUCCAAUGCAGCCGACCUUCGACGGUACAAGCACUCCUGCUACUGGGCAUUCGAGAGUUUGGUCUCGGUUCGAUGGAACAGGGAUGGCUACUGACAGGCAUGGCCUUGCGCAUGGCAGUGGACCUAGGGCUGAACCGUAAUGCGGAUAAAUGGAGGUAUGAGGGCCACGACUUGUUCAGCCCUACAGAGAAGCAGAUCCGCAAACAAAUCUGGUGGGCUACUUGUAUCAUCGACAAGCUGUCAGCAAUGUGGAUGGGGAGGCCUGUCACUUUCCGGGCCAAUGACUAUACGACGAUGCUGCCGGAUAACUUUGCAGAAGAGGAGUAUGAUACGUGGCAGCCGAGCCCUUCCGAUGCAUUUGGGGGAACAUUUCGUCCACGACCUGCUCUGAUCAUGAGAUGUUUCCACGAACAAUGUGAGCUCUCGGUCAUCAUCACGGAUAUCAUGGACCAGAUCUAUCCGGUCAAGACCAUACCAGAUAGCCCGCCGCGGCGCCAGCUGCUGCAGCGGCUGGAAGAAAGGCUCCACAAGUGGCAAAUCAACCUUCCUGAUCAUCUACGCUACUCGCCAGCGGCGCAUCUGGAGACACCACUGCCGCACAUCCUCAUCUUGCACAUCGAGUACUACUCUGCAGUACUUCUGCUGCAUCGCGCCUUUAUCCCCCAUGCAAAUGGCCGGCAAGACGAUAACGCAGAAGGACAACAUGGCGAUCCAAUUCCGAUGCAAUCCUUUGACAUUUGUCAGAGUGCAGCAAUGCAAAUCAGUACCAUUGCCAUGUUCUUUGACGAGCGGUACGGGCUGGCGCACGCGCCGCCCUUCUUGACCAUCUACCUACAGAGUGCAGGGAUCAUGCACGUCAUUACGCUGAGCAGACGUCCGGGGCACCCUCAAGCUUCACAAGGCCUCAGACAAUGCAUCGACGCUCUGGGUCGCCUUGGGGUCAUCUGGCCCAGCGCGAAGCGUAUUCAGGCAUUGCUCGAAGGCGCAAUAGGACUCGCAAGAGAUCCUGUGUCGCUGCCGCCGCGUGAUCGUCACGACUCCAGGCCGAAACGAUCUGUGGAGCAGGCUCUAGGAAAUGACAUGAACUCCGAUGUGUAUGGCCGCCAGCCCAGUGUGUCCUACGAGCAGCCCGUGGCCCAGAGUCGCACCGUCUAUGAUGAGGAUGCCAACACUCGGGCCAUGCUGCAUUCACUGGGGCUCGAGAUGCCCGUGAUGGACCCCACCAUGUCGACCCUCCUUCCAGGGUAUCAGUACUGGCCACGACAGACGUACGACGUCAUGGGGCACAGUACCUACCUGCCAGUGGAUGUCCCAGCGGUAGGGCCCUCAUCGGCGCCACCCGUGGCCGACUCCGGCCUCUCUUCCACACCCUUCACGUUCAAUCAGAACGACCUUGCACCUCAGUUCGUGCAAGGUGUGCACUAUCCCAUCCUCGAUCCGUCCAACCUCUUCCCAAUCAAUCCGAACCCGGACGCGCCGCUGGACCAGCAAAACCAAGGCCGCUGAACGGCUAGCGCAUGCUACUUCAUGUUAUACUAGAGCCUCUCGUAAUAUGUGCGCUUGGGAAGCUGAAGGUCUGCUAUGCCGAUUACUCUAGGUCGUUUCGUUGUUGCUGUCGUAGAAUGAAUUGUACCAACAUCUA